GGAAAAAAAAGAAUUGUCACAGACGACCAAGGGCGUGAGGACGCACUAUCUGGAUUGUGCAGUGUGUGCUUUGAGACUAGCUGGGACCAGGAGAAGGAGGACAGGGGGAGGAGGAGGAGGAGGAGGAAGCCGCCUGCCUGCUUUCAUUGAGCGCGCUCUGUUGAGAGGAAAUGGACGUCAGCAGCGGGGAAGCAGAGGAGCCACCUUGUGCAGAUACGAAGUGUCCCACGACGUCUGACUGUCCGGAGAUUUCUGACUGUCUGGAGAUUAGCCUUCCUCCCAAGAGUCAGGAGGAAGAGGACGACGACAAGAGGAAGGUGACACCAGGACACAGGGCCAAGCGGGAGCGGCGUCAAGGCAGCGGCGCCAGUGCUACUGUGUGCCAGGUGUGCAACAUUCAACUCAACUCUGGCACCCAGGCUCAGAUCCACUAUAAGGGCAAGACGCACCAGAGGAGGCUGCGCAGGCUGGCAAAAGUUCUUGGUUCAGGUGCACUGUCCCAGAACCCGGUCCACCCCCUGCUGGGUUCCCUGUCCCUGUUGGGCAGAGCCAGCCUGCAGCCGCGCAACCACCUGGAGCGCUUCCUACCGCUCAGAAUCAGGAGCUCCUCGCCCUUCAGCCUGUUUCCUCAUUUCAACACGAUGGAUCCGGUGCAAAAGGCGGUAAUCAAUCACACCUUUGGCAUGGCUCCGCCCAGGCGAAGAACAAUUAUCUCCUGUAAUAUUUGUCACCUGCGCUUUAACUCUACUAGCCAGGCUGAGGCCCACUACAAGGGUCACAGACAUGCUCGUAAGCUGAAGGCCUUGGAAAACCAGGGGAACCGACAAAGGAACGGGCACAGAGCGCAGAAGGACAGAGGCAAAGACAAGAGGGCGGGGAGAGGAAGUGGACGACAAACUGACUCGCAAUUAAAAGAAGGAACAGAUUUAGGCACGUCGUUGCAGCAAGCGGAAAAUGGCCCGGGGAGUUCCCUAGCCCCCACCUCCUCCUCCCAGCCCACAUCCACAGACUCAUCUUCAAGCCGGUCGCCUCAGCUGUCCCAGCAAUUCCCUCACAUCCCUCAGCUUUGCCAUUCAACACCGGAGGGUUCGCCUGUGAACGACUGCGGACCGCUACGACCGACUGCAGCAGCCCAGUGCGAUGCUGUAGGUGAAGAAGAAGAAGUGAUGAACGUGGAUGCUAAAGAGGACAAAAGUGACAAAAAACAUUUACACUGUCCCACGUGUAAAGUGACUGUUAAUUCCAGCUCCCAGUUGGAAUCACACUGCAGUGGCUCGAAACACAAACAGAUGAUGGACAGCCCAAACAGCAGCCAGUCGCACCGCAGAGCCAAGAGGACGACGUUCCCCAGGCACACCUGCCGGAUAAUAAAGCAGAGAAGGGGCAGCAAGACCAGAGGGCUUAUGGGCGUCACCGGCAGGCGAUUUCACUGUCAACUGUGCCAGGUGGCCGUCAACUCAGAGAAUCAGCUUAAACAGCACAUGAACAGCAGAAGGCACAAGGAGCGUUUGGCCGGGAAGCCUGUGAGGGUGAAGGCCAAAUUCACCCCUUAUAAUAAACUGCAGCCCAACACUGCAUUAGUGACUAAACUUGCCUUGCAGAAGCAUCUGUCCAAGGCCCUGUCAGCAGGGUUCCUGACCACCCCUUUCAAUCCAGCUGCUUUAUGCACCAUGGCAUCUGCACCGCUGGCACUACGACUGCCCCAUGGCCCUGCAGCCUUCAUCCACAGUCCCCUGAUAAGCCCCGCCCUCUUCAGGCCUGCCCCAGGGCCUCUGAGGGCCACUCAUGCACCCAUUAUCUUCUCUCCUUUCUGACAGUGUGUCAUAUUUGACAAAUCAUAGCACAGAAUGUACACUAAGCCAUAAAAGUAAAUAUAUUUUUUUGUUUAUUUAUAAAGAACUAUCUGCCAUGACAAAGAGGUGUGUUAAUGUGAAGCUUUUGUUGCCAAAAUUAUUUCAAGUUGACCUUUCUGGUUGUGCUCUAGGGAAAAAAAUAUAAUUCUUGUAUUAGGUUCUCUACACAAAUGACUUCUUAUUGAGCGCAAAGAACAUAUUUAUAGUGGAGUAGCUUUGGAUUGUUGGAACUUGGUCAUCGUCAUUAAUGAACGUUCCAUCCGUCAGUGUUUAUGUCCUGUGCCAUAAUACAAAGCCAAAACAGGAUUUUUAAUGAAAUGGAAACUUAUGUUUGACUUGAGCCAUUAAAGCAAAUCCUUCAUAAACGCAAUACAAAGAAGCAAGCUGGUCUUUGAUACACCUGUCUUAAUGUUGUUUUUAUACAUUUUUAGCGGUUGUUGCCUCAUAACCAGGGGUCCCCAA